AAUCUAGAAAAUUAAACAGAAGCAUGGACUACUCAAAGCACAUUAGCAAAACUAGCAAGGCUAGAAACCCUUCAGCCAUUCGUGCUUUGAUGCCUUACAUGAAUUGUAAAUCAAUGAUCUCUCUUGGCGCUGGCCAACCUAACCCUGCAACUUUUCCAUUUGCAAGUAUGACUCUUACUCUCAAGACAGGCGAAAAGAUUGAAAUUGACGACGAAUUGUUUAGUAGAGCCUUAUCUUAUGAUUUGACGGCCGGCCAACCUCUUUUAAACGAAUGGCUUUGCGAACUUCAAAGAAUUGAACAUAAUCCUCCUGUAAAAUUUGAUCUUUCCAUCGGUGCAGGAAGUCAAGAUCUUUUGACAAAGGCACUUGAAAUGAUGAUCAAUGACGGUGAUUCAAUUCUUGUAGAAAAUCCUACCUACACUGGUGCCUUAUCUUUCCUUGAAAAUUUAAAUUGUGAUCUUGCUGAUAUCCCCACUGAUGAAUUUGGACUUGUUCCUGAAGCUUUAGACCGUAUGCUUGCUAACUGGCCUGAGAGUAACCCGAAUGGCAAGAAAGAUCAACCUCGUCCUCAUUGUCUCUACACAAUCCCUAGCGGUGGUAAUCCUACAGGUAUCAGUGCUACUUUGGAACGUAAGCAAGCUGUUUAUAAGAUCUGCUCCAAGUAUGAUAUUCUCAUCCUUGAAGAUGACCCUUAUUACUUCUUGCAGUAUACCAGAGAUCGUACUCCAUCUUACUUUUCCAUGGAUGUCGACGCUCGUGUUCUCCGCUGUGACAGUAUGAGUAAGAUCUUAUCUUCCGGUUUAAGAAUUGGUUGGGUUACUGGUCCUCACGCUCUUAUUGAACGUAUCAACAUGCAUACCAUGGUCACCAACUUGCAGCCUUCCGGUAUUCCUCAAGCUAUGACCUUUGGACUUUUAGAAAAGUGGGGACAUCAAGGAUUUUUGGACCACGUUGACCGUGUUGCUGAUUUCUAUCGUGAGAAACGCGAUGAAUUUGUUGAAUGUCUUAAUCAUCGUAUGAAGGGUCGCGCAGAAUGGGUUGUUCCUAAUGCUGGUAUGUUUGUCUGGCUUCGUUUGUUGGGUGGUAUCACAGACUCCUAUGAUUUGAUUAUGACAAAAGCACUUAAAGAAAAUGUCUUGGCUAUCCCAGGUUUGGCCUUUAUGCCUCAAGGUAACAUGAACAACUAUGUUCGUGUCUCUUUCAGCAAUGUAACAAAGACGAACAUGGAUGAAGCUCUCCGCAGAUUAGCUUCCGUCAUUGAUAAAGAAGCAGCUAUCAAUGGUGUCAAGAUUGAGGUUUAAAUCCAAUUUAUUUUAGCCUCUUACCUAAUAUUCCCCCCCUAUUUUCAUUAUAAGCAUAUAAUAGAUUGCAUGUAAUAAAUAUCUUCACUUUUUAAUUUUCAUCGUCAUUUAAAACCUUUGUCAAAUAUUCAAAUAAAGCAUCGUCCUAUCAAAGUUCCACAGUUCACUGCAUCAACUCGGGUAACCUGCUCACAUUAAC